UCAGCCAUCUUUAGAAUGCUCUCUAAUGAAAACUGUCCAGUAACAGAAAUUGAUCUGGACCACACACAUGCAGUCAACCAGGGCCUAAUAACGGCAACCGAUUUUGAAACUCUAACAUUUCCUGGUAAAUGUAGCAAAUUGAAAAGGAUUUCAUUUCAAAACAACAAACCAAGCGGGGACACUCAUGUAGCUUGCUUGACAAUGGCUAUUAAAGCCAACAUUUUUGGUAAUCUUGAGAGGAUGCAACUAUCAAAUACCCUCCCUGACAAUGUUGAGGAGAAUGGAAGACUACUGACUGAACUCUUACCAUCCAUUGCCUCUCACUGUCCUAAUCUGAAUGACAUUGAUCUCUCUGAGAACAAUCUUGGUGUACCUGGAGCUAGUGCAAUAGGAGAGGCCUUUGUAAGACUUGCUACUAAUAGGAAGGAGUUAAAACUGAACUUAAGGAAGACUAGUCUCGACAGCAAAGCAGUGAAAGCAUUUUCUGAUAAUGUUUUGGCUUCUUUAGGGAAUAUGUCAAAUCCACUCUCUUGUGAAAUCAAUUUGCGUAUUGAUAACAACCCACUUGGACACAGCGGCUUGUCAGCCAUCUUUAGAAUGCUCUCUAAUGAAAACUAUCCAGUAACAAGACUUAAUCUGGACUACACACAUGCAGUCAACCAAGGCCUAAUAACGACAACCGAUUUUGAUGAAAUUGAAAAUCAAACAUUUCUUGGUCAAUGUAACAAAUUGAAAAGGCUAUCAUUUCGAAACAACAAACAAAGCGGGGACACUCAUGUAGCUUGCUUGACAAUGGCUAUUAAAUCCAACAUUUUCGGUAAUCUUGAGAGGAUGCAACUAUCAAAUACCCUCCCUGACAAUGUUGAGGAGAAUGGAAGACUACUGACUGAACUCUUACCAUCCAUUGCCUCUCACUGUCCUAAUCUGAAUGACCUUGAUCUCUCUGAGAACAAUCUUGGUGUACCUGGAGCUAGUGCAAUAGGAGAGGCCUUUGUAAGACUUGCUACUAAUAGGAAGGAGUUGGAGCUGAACUUAAGUAAGACUAAUCUCGACAGUGAAGCAGCAAAAACAUUAUCUGACAAAGUGUUGGUUUCUUUAGAAGAUGUUUCAAACCUUCUCUCCUGUGAAAUUAAUUUGAGUAUUGAUAACAAUCCACUUGGACACAGUGGUUUGUCAGCCAUCUUUAGAAUGCUCUCUAAUGAAAACUGUCCAGUAACAAGACUUCAUCUGGAAUCAACUAUUCACACUUCCAUUACUGACCUCAGUUUGAAUAAUUCUUUAGAAUCUCUUAACAGCACUACAGUAAGUCUCGGUCUUCGUCGAAAUUUGCUUCAUGGCAAGAACAUGUUCAUACUAGCUGAUUGUAUUCAGUGCUGCCUGUCACUGGAGAAGCUGGAUUGUGAUAAGUGUCGAAUUACUUCAAACGAUAUAUUUACAUUAUUGUCACACCUAAAAUUCCACGAUAUUCAACUAAAGUGUUUAAAACGGUGGGACCUUCAAGACAACAGCAUCGAUGAUGACGCAGUGAAUACUCUUAUUACGUAUUUGCCUUCAGUGUUUCCAUGCAUUGAGGAUAUUGAUCUAGAUGAUAAUCUCGUGAGUACAGAGACAGUGAAGAAACUUGAUGAGUUUUUGAAGGAGAGAAACACGACUGAAGAUGAGGAGUUUGAUUCCACUAGUUCUGAAUCAACAACACCUGAUGAUGCAAGUGACUCUCUGCCAGAGCACACUAGUACUGAUUCUAUUAGUGAGGAUACGGACUUUAAAGCUACUGAUGAAGAUCUGAAUGCACUAAAGGAGGAUAGGUCCCCUACAGCUAGUCAGGAUUCCACAGCUGCUACUGAUAUUUCCAAUUUAACCAGCCAAAAACAACAGCUACAAACAGACUCGUUAUCUUUUCCUUCGCAAGGUUUGCCUAUUGAAACAGUAAAGAGAGACGCUGAAGUCACUAACGAGCAGCUUGACACAACAGUAGAAGAAACACACCUCUCUGAAAUGUCGUCACAAUCUGACAGCAUCCAUAACGACUAUCUUAUGGAGCAAGGCCUCUCAUCUGGACAACAAUGUGACGUGAGGAGUCAUGCAUUCGUACCCGGCACUCAGGCUGCUGAUCAUGAUGUCAUGAACGCUCCUGAGGUGUCUCACACACUAAAAGAAGUACCUAAUAACAGCCUGACCAUUGAAGCACUAAAGAGGGAAACUAAUAUCACUGACGAGCAGCUUGACACAAGAGUAGAAGAAUUAGACCUUCCCAAAUUAUCUUCAUAUUUCGACAACACUAAUGACUAUGUUGAAAUGCUGGGGCUCUCACCUGGACAGCAAACUGAUGUCAUUGAAGAGAAGGCUAGAACAGCAUUGAAUCGAACACAUGCUGGAAUAAAGCUGGCUCUGAAAUAUUGGCUGAAUAGAGUUCUUUCAGAGGGUACCUUCAGAGCUCUGCUACUCAUUAUAAUCUCCCUGGACAAAGGAGACGUUGCUAUCAAGGUGGCACAGUAUUUAUCAGCCAAAGGUACUAUAUAGAUGUUAAAAAGUCAAUAGCUAUAUAUGGUGCAUGCAUGUGAACAUUAUUCAAUUAUAGCUAGUUGUAGAGUAGUUAUUAUUUCGUUUUUUGAGAGACAAAUACUUGUGUGUGGUAACUGAUAAUUUAGUUUUUCAUAGAUCAUUAACCUUUUAUUGUACAUAUACACAUAUCAGGCUGUUUGUUUCCUACAUCAAGAAUUCUG